AUGCUCUGUGUCGCGGCCAGUACUUCCGACCCGGAUAGGCCCGCCUCUCUCACAGACUGGUCGGACGCUGGAUCGGUUACUAAGAUCGCCGCUCCUGGUGUGUGGAUCUAUUCGACGUAUCUCGCAGGACAAUACAAUUAUAUGAGUGGUACUUCGGCUUCGACGGCUACAGCUGCCGGUGUCGGCGCCUUGAUCAGUAGCUUGGGAGAAGCUGGUGGAAACUUAACUGAGGUCCUUCUCAAGUCUAAAACAGCUGGUAUUCCCAAUAAUUUCAACCUUACCGAUGUCGGGGAGAUUGAUGCUCUGGGGGCAGUUGAAAUCAGCCGAUGA